GAAACACUUCCGCUCCCUCCUUCGGUUUGCUGUUAGCUAACUGAUGUCACACCUAUUUCUUCUAAAGUGGCACUUUCAUGUAUUGUUAAACAUAUUAAAACAACCCACAACCAACUGAGCUUAUUAAUGCUAGCUGGUUAGCAUUAGCCGUUAGCCUCCGUCGAUUCAGGGGUGCAGAGUCAGCUGUUAGCCGACAGGAUGAGCUCCUCUGCGGGUCUGCACACACAGCUAGCCGCCGUCAUGGAGUCGCUGGUCCACGCGGCGGUGGCGGAGCUGAAGAAGCUGGUGGAGGACAGUUCCACCUUCCAGCUCCACCUGGAGAGCCGGACCGGAGAGGGGCCCCGCAGCCGGGAGAAGAUGGCGCAGUUUGCCUCUGUCAUGGAGACUCUAGGGAACGAGGCUUUGGGGAAGAUCAUAAAUGUGGUGGAUGAAGCCAAACUGUCACUGGAGCCUCCGUCGGGUUGGGGGGGCAGGAGACCCCGGACCAGUGUCCUCAACAUCCUCAACGACGCACACGUCGAGGCAGAGCACUCGUACGGAGUCCGACCCGAGACCCCCGAUGCUCACAGGCCCACUCAGACCAAACCAGAGAACGAGGUGACCGAGAACACGUUUGUCCCGGCGGUGACGGUCAAAGACGAACACCGCAACAUCAAGCCGGGAGCCAUCGCUGAGCGAGCUCGAGUUGAAGCCACCGACCCGGUGACCUCUGACCUCCAGCAGCCGGGGUUUGUUCUGCAGAGCGUCACGUGGAAAUACUUCUCGUGCGCAGCGUGCGGUAAAUCGUUCACGUCUCAGAGCAACCUGACAUCUCACCGCCGCGUCCACACCGGCGAGAAGCCGUUCGCCUGCGGGGUCUGCGGCCGGGCGUUUGCUCAGCGACAAAGUCUGCAGAGCCACGGCAGAACGCACACCGGCGAGCGUCCUUACGAGUGCCCACAGUGCGGCAAGCACUUUGCCAAGCAGACGCAGCUAAAGACGCACGCCGUCGUGCACACAGGGGAGAAACCACACGGCUGCGAGGUGUGCGGCCGGCGCUUCAACCUGCUGCAGAACCUGCAGCGCCACGCGCACACGCACACCGGCGAGAAGAUCUACGUGUGCAGCGCUUGUGGAAAAGGCUUCACCCGCGCCGUCAGCCUGAAGACGCACCAGCUCAUCCACAGCGGGCUGAAGCCCUUCCAGUGCGAGCAGUGCCCCAAAGCCUUCCGCCAUGCCGUCAACCUCAAGAACCACCAGAGGGUCCACAGCGGCCUGCGGCCCUUCUGCUGCGACCUCUGCGGGAAGACCUUCCGGCAGUCGGUGAACCUGAAGAUCCACCAGAGGAUCCACACCGGCGAGCGGCCUUUCGGGUGCCACGAGUGCGGCAAGACGUUCAGCCAGCAGAGCAGCCUGAUCUCUCACGGGCGCACGCACUCCGCCGAGCGGCCGUUCGCCUGCAGCUUCUGCGACAAGAGGUUCAACAACGCCAACAGCCUGAAGCUGCACCUGCGCGUGCACACCGGGGAGAAGCCCUACACCUGCGACGCGUGUGGCAAGACCUUCAGCCAGGGCAGCCACCUGAGGACGCACAAGAGACACGUGCACGCCGGCGGCAAGCAGUACAUCUGUGACAAGUGCGGGAAGAGAUACUCGGACCAGCGCAACCUAAAGCUGCACAAGUGCGGCUACGCGUGAGCGUUAAAUGGGGCGUUUUCUCAUUGGGGGUUGGUGCAGUUGGCGAGGAGGGGAAGGAGACCUUUUUAAGUACUACAGUACCCAUGAGCCUUUUGGUUGUGAAAAUGAACAAGUGAUGUCACCUGACACGAGCCUCGCCACUAAACAAAUCCUUCUGAUUGGUUGGAACUGCGUAGUUCUGCUGAAAUGGUUUGUACCUGAGUACAUCGAUGGUUUUAUCAUUUUAAAGAUACAUUUUUUAUUUGUUACAAAAUAAAUGGAUUCAACCUAUCA